AUGAUCUUUGUGAAAAUUGUGCUACUAUCGCUGCUGGCAACUUUGCUACUAGUACCAAACACCGCUGGUUCUCAAUUCAAGGGAACGAUCGAUUGGAGCCGUGUUCGGCAACUGAACGAAUUUCCUCACAUCAUCAGUCGAGUUGAUAAGCUAAAACAGGACAACGCGAUGCGUGGAAUCCCGGCAAGUUCUAUGCCACGUAUCGUUGGAGGUUCCAUUGCAACUGCAGGACAGAUACCUUAUCAGGCAGCUGUUCUUUCCGAUCUAGCAAACGGUCAGGCACUUUGCGGCGGUGUGCUACUCUCAACCAAUUACGUGCUUACCGCGGGCGUCUGCGUCGAGGGCACAUCUGGCGGUGUGAUCAUAAUUGGAGCACUCAACCUACAGGACGAACAAGAAGCGGGUCAGUUCCGCGUAGUUUUCGGAGUUGGAAACGUUCGCCUUCACGAAGAGUUUCUAGGAGUUAUUUUCCGCAACAAUCUGGCCAUCAUCCGCCUUCCCGAGCCGGUCACAUUAAGUUCUCGCAUUCAACCGGUACGCCUUCCGACGGCGACAGAUGGUCGAACAUUUGCGGGCCUGCUCGGGACGGUCAGUGGUUUCGGUCGAACUUCCGAUGCCAGUACGUCCUUUUCGGAUGUGCUGCGUUACGUGAGCAAUCCCAUCAUGACCAAUGCGGAUUGUCAUGAUACGGCAUGGGGUGGAUUGAUUGACGCCCAGAAGCUCUGUAUGCAGUACCUCAACGCUCGAGCACCAUGCGAUGGUGAUGUCGGUGGUCCAUUGACCGUCCAGGACGCCGGAAGUUCGCUGCUAGUCGGCAUGUUUUCGUUCGGCUCGGUGCUGGGCUGUGAAACCGAUUGGCCAACCGCAUUCGUGCGUAUCACUUUCUACCGGAAUUGGAUUAUUGCCAAUACGGACUUAGCAUCUGCUGCCUAA